GAGGCACCUCAUAGGGCGUGGCUGCUUGAUGCUGGUUUUUAUUUUAGUAGUUUGCAGAGAGGUUUGCUGUACUUUUUGCAAGUGUAGAGUAAGGAGUUUAACCAAUCACGAUACAAAUAACGUGGGUGGGACCUGGAAGAGAAGUAAACAUUGCUUUGCCAUUGCAUUUGUGUUUUUGUAAAUUGUUUUGUGCAUUUUCUGAAGCAAGGGGAUUGAAAAUGUGGUCUUUUAUAAGUGCCGUCAUUAGAAGUGGUAUUGGUUCAGUCCAAUAUGUGAUUGCUGCUGUUUUAAGAUUUUUCUUUGCAAAGAAAAGAGCCCCAAUAACCCUUGAGGAUCCCAGUGUGAAGUACUGCUUGAAGUUGAUUGAUAAAGAGAUUGUAAAUCAUGACACAAGAAGAUUCCGCUUUGCACUGAAGUCCCCUGAUCAUGUUCUGGGGCUUCCCAUUGGACAGCACAUUUACCUGUCUGCCAGGAUAGAUGGGGAUCUUGUCGUGAGACCCUACACCCCAGUAUCAAGUGACGAUGACAAGGGAUACGUGGACCUUGUUGUGAAGAUUUAUUACAAAAAUGUCCAUCCCAAGUUUCCUGAGGGAGGGGUGAUGUCCCAGUACCUGGAAAGCCUUCGUAUUGGAGAUGCCAUUGACUUCAGGGGACCGAGCGGGCUGCUUGUGUACCAGGGGAAAGGGAAGUUUGCCGUUAAUUUUGAUAAAAAAUCUGAUCCAGAGGUCAGUAUUGCCAAACAAAUUGGAAUGAUAGCUGGUGGGACUGGGAUUACACCCAUGCUUCAGGUAAUCCGGGCAAUUAUGAAAGACCCAGAGGACAAAACUGUCUGUUACUUGUUGUUUGCAAACCAGACAGAGAAGGAUAUCUUGCUGCGGCCAGAGCUGGAAGAGCUCAAAGUAAAAUAUCCAUCACAAUUUCAUUUGUGGUACACCCUGGACCGAGCCCCUGAGGACUGGGAGUACAGCCAAGGUUUCAUCAAUGAAGAGAUGAUCAAAGAUCAAAUGCCACCACCCGGAGAUGACACCAUUAUCCUGUUGUGUGGUCCUCACCCAAUGAUUCAGUGUGCUUGCAUUCCUAACCUGGAGAAACUAAACUAUGACAAAAGCAGGAUCUUUACAUUUUAAUAUCCAUUAGUAUUUAAAGCAGGGUUUUACAUAAUUCAGUAGGAUUGCACAUUUUAGGUCAUUGUGGAGUUAAAACCUGAAAUUUGGGGGCCCAUAAUAACUUGAUACAUUUUCAAAAUUUGUUAUUUUUGGAAGUUGUGGGCAAAUGAGGGUUUUGAUCAAAAGGACUUAAACUUUCUAUAUGAUGGGCAAUACAAACCGUGAUAUAUGGUUUACUGCCUGCUUCCAUUUCAUAUAAGAUGGCUGAUCAAGCUAUAAAUUAGACAGGAAUGUAACUUUUCUAUACUACUAAUGGAAUGUAACACUUGAUAUGCUUGGUGUGAAUGAGAGACGGCGAAUAUAUAUUGUGCUUGAAAAUGCAAUUUGAUUCUGACAUUGCUUUUUGACAUGUAACACACACUUAAUGCAACUCACAGUGUGAUUUUUGUUGUUGUUGUUGUUGUUGCUAUGCAGUUAUUAUAAGAAUCUACAGUGGCAUGGCUCCAUUUUCCUUUGUAUUUGAGAAAUGACUGCCUACAAACUCCCAGACUGACAGUGAUUUAAUGACUUUGUAAACAUUUGUCAGUAUUAUUAUGAUACUUUUAGUGUUACUACAUACAGUACCACAUGUUGAUCAGAAGGUGGCAGUAUUAUUAUGUGCCUACAUAAGUAAUAAGUACAAAAAAGCUUUGUUCCUUGUAGUGAGUGUUUAAGAAGAGAAUCACCAUAUGUGAUUUUAUCAGAGGGCUAUAAAAACACAAAUUUCUGUAGGUAGUAUCCGGAAGAAAAACAGAAAGAUACAUUUAUUUAAACUGAUUACCUUUGUUUGAAUGGUGUCAUUUGUGACAUUUGAACACAGAAAAUAACACUGAAGUAAAUUAUCAUGUUUUCUUUAAUAACUGUUUCCUGAUAAUGGUGUACAAAAUUGUAAAGCCCUUUCUCUUAUUUUAAUAAAAAUGAAAAUAAGUAUGCAAUAAACUAUUGCAUAUUAGUAUUAAUAGAUCAAUAAUAAAGACUUGUAUGAAGUUAACCUAGUGAAGGUAAGUGGCAAGUUUAUUUUUAAACAGAUUAGUGAUUUCCCCAAGCAUGCCAAUUCUAAAAAAAGAAAAAAGCACGGGCACUCGUCAUGUGACUUUCCCUACCUGAGUUGGAAUAGUGAUAUAUUCCUCAGAAUAUAUGAAAAAAAAGCAAAUGUAUAGAAGAUGUUUUCAGUGGGUACAGUGCAAUCUGUCAUUUUUUUAAACAUACCUGUUUACACACAUUAUUUUGAUCCACUAGUUUCAGCUGUGUGGAUGGUAAAGACAUUUGAACCUUCUCAAAAACCACAUUGGAAACAACAUUUUCCAGUUAUAAUCAUGUUUUAAGAUCACAGUAUAUUUAAGCUUGCAUUAUGCACCAGCAGUACAACCUGUAUGGUCUUUUACGAUCAGGUAGCAUAAAGCUUCAGAUCUUUUUGCAUUUCAGUUAACACCAUUUGCAUGUUACCAAGUAGAAAGGGAGAGUGCUCAUGCUUUUGUAUGCAUGCCACAGUAAGCUUCUCGUAAUAGGGUUAUGCCAAACAGUAAUUGUCAUCACAGCUUAACGUGCUUCAGGAAGCAUAUUUAUUUGCAACAUAUUAUUGGUAUUCUUUUAAUAUAUGUUUGCUAAGCUUCCAAAAUGCAAUAUAGUGCAAGUAUUACCACAUAAUAAUGUGGCUUAUUAUUACAAUGUAUAUAACAUUCUUUUCAUAAGAUAAUAAUUACAACAUUGUGAAUUUUAAUUUGUUAACAGUUUUAGUUGCAAUUUAUCUGUUUGUUGCCUUUCCUGUAAAUGUUACAUUUCAGAAAUAUUACUGCAGAACUGUAUUAAGUGUUAAAUGCAAUCUGCUUUUAUAGGCUUGGUAAUGUCAGCUGACCUCUAUUGAGCUGAACAGCUGGCCACCAUGUGACCUGCCCACCCAUUAAGCAAAUAAAGCAUUUGCAUUGUUA